AUGGCGGCGCCCAUGGACCAUCAUCGUCGACAAAAAUCUUGUGAUGUAAGGCCAGCUUACAGGGAAGGUAGACGAGAAAGAGCUGUGAAGGUGUAUACGAUCAAUCAGGAGUCUCGCUACUUGCUGGUCCAGGGAGUGCCUGCCAUCAACGUCACCGAUGAGCUGUUGAAACGUAUGUCACUGUAUGGCACAAUAGAAGAGUACAAGAUACUAGAGGAAUAUCCAGCUGAGGCCUUCACCAAGGUGUAUUGGGUCAAAUAUGCAAACAUACAAGCAGCAAGAAUGUGCAAGAGGAAGCUUGAUGACCAACCAUUUUAUGGAGGAACCCUCCACAUAUGCUACGCUCCUGAGUAUGAAUCCACUGAAGACACGAGACUCAAGCUCCAGGAGAGACGUAAAGACGUCGCACGGCGGCUGAGAAAACUCCAGCCGGGAGGCAACGCGGACGUACCACAUACUGCUGGGCAAGAUCAUUCUUCAUCUUCAUCAACACAAGACAAUGCACCUAUAGCAUCAAAGUCAGACACCCCAGCUCCCACAUAUCUGGACUCAAGCAAAAGCCAACACAUUGGCCCAAGGAAACCAGACUCUACCAUCACCAAACCACCGAAUACAUCCAUAGACUCUAGUGCUGCCGUUAAACAAGAAGUACCACUGCAUCUGCCAGCCCCUCCCAAAGUCCUCCCCACUUGGGAAUGGGAGAAACCAUUAACAUCACAUGACCAGUUUCCCCGGUUACCAACGGCGCAUGCAACAUUACCCCUCAAUUACAAUCCAUACCCUGACGACUACAAGCCACAUGAUGUUGAGGCGUCACAAGAGGGCGCCAGUCAUCGAAAUGCUACAUCUGAAAUAAAUCCACCGCUAAGGUCAAACAUAUUGAAAGAUUCAACGGCGGACACAAGUGGGUUGAACUUCCUGAAAACGGGAGCGAGGCCAAAGUUCAAACUCAAACAGGACAGGCGACGAGUGGGAGAAGCAAGGCCGAACCAGCCGACAUUUCUUGAGCGUGUUGCAUGGCGCGAGGGCGCCGUAAACGAACCGGAAGCAGGGACACGACCGGACGUGUCAGAUGAUCGAAGAGCUCAGCUAGCUCACCUCAAGAGACCCUAUCAGAAUCAAUUUCCCGUACCCAGUACAUCUGAUCAGGUCCCACCAAACGCGGAAUUGACCUCCUCACUUAUACGACACCCGCUGGUCAAGCGUAAACACCCUGCGGAUUGUCCACAGCCCUUUCUCGUAGCAGAGACACGGUUCCAGGGUGAACUGCAAAUGCCUCAGUCUGAGCAGUGGAAGGAGGGAGGGUUUGGGGUGUUACCCAGAAUGGAUUUGCCCCCAACCAUGCCAACCAUGAGCGAAUCCUCGUUUGAUAGGAUGGUGCACAAUUUUCCACAACAACAAAGAAAUCCAACUCAAGGACCUGGCAUAAAUGCAUUCAAUAACGGGGAAUACACACAGCCCAUGAGAGCGCCUCGACCUGCAGCAGUAGCAGCAGCAGCAGCAGCAGUAGCCGCAGCAGCCGCCAUUGCUGCAGCAGCAGACGGGGAACCAGACUCCAAGCGUCGGAGGAUCUAAACAUUGGACAGCGACAGUUAAGUGAGAUUAUCAGCAUGUUGGAGGAUUUGUCUGAUAGUGUAGUUUCAAUCCAUAAAUGUCAUAGAGGUCUUUAUGUAAACCGCUUUUUUGUGGAGGACAGAAGUUUGCAUCUCUUAACCCUCCUACUAUUAGAGUGUUUCUCAAGAAAGCUUUGAACCCAUACCUCAAUAUGCUGCAAUAGUGCAUGCAGAGCUGGAGAUUUUUGGCAACAUUCAGGGGGAUAUUUAGAACUACAUUCAACAUAUUCAUUUGGGGUUUACCCACAUACACCGAUGUGUGUUAGCACUGUAUACUCAGUACUUUCCUGAGUUCGGUGAAAAAAAUCACAGGCAUAAAGUUUCUUUAAUCAGUGAGAUUUUCAAAUGUGUUAGAGGCAGUGGACACUAUUGGUAA